AAGACACUAUCUUAAGACUUGGCAUAUUAAUACCUCAUUAAUCCUCAAAAUAACACUGUACUGUAACUAUUUUACAGAUGUUUUACCGGUGAUGGAAUGGAGGCACAGAGAGACUUCAUAAACUAUUGGCUCAGACAAUAAUGGGUAGAAAGGGACAUCAGUAGUGUGUGGUCAUUUAUCAUGUACUGUUAUGUACUCUUUUCCAUUUCAUAUGAUACUCCGUUAUAUAGAUGAGGGUAGUGGCAUUCAAAGACUUUGCAGAAUGGGGCACCUGGGUGGCUCAGUAGGUUAAGUGUCCGGCUUUGGCUCAGGUCAUGAUCUCACGGUUCGUGAGUUCCAGCCCCGGAUUCGGCUCUGCUGACAGCUCAGAACCUGGAGCCUGCUUCAGAUUUUGUAUCUCCCUCUCUCUCUCUCUCUCUGCCCCUCCUCCACUCACACUCUGCCUGUCACGAAUAAAUAAACAUUUUUUUUUAAGUUGAAAAAACAAAAAAAAAACAGACUUUCAGGAUCACCGCAGCUAGUAAAUGAAGCUGGAAUUGAAAUGUAGAGUCUGAAUAUGUGUUCUUUCCUCUGGCCAGUGUGCACAUUGCCUGAAAUGCAUACAACGUUGGUAUAAUCUCCUGCGUUUGGAUUAUCUUGUAGGGUGUCAAAAUUAGCAUAAACUAGGGGUGCCUGGGUGGCUCAGUUGGUUAAGCAUCCGACAUCAGCUCAGGUCAUGAUUUCACGGUUCAUGGGUUCGAGCCCCACGUCAGGUUCUGUGCUGACAGCUCAGAGCCUGGAGCCUGCUUCAGAUUCUGUGUCUCCCUCUUUCUCUGCCCCUCUCCCGCUCACACUCUGUCUCUCUCUCAAAAAUAAACAUUAAAAAAUUUUUAAAAUUAGCAAGAACUAUGUAAUAAUUUAGUAGUUAAGACAAAAAUUUGAGGAAUAAGAGAUUAGGAGAGGGGUGCCUCGGUGGCUUAGUCGGUUGAGCGUCCGACUUCAGCUUAGGUCAUGAUCUCAUGGUUUGUGGGUUCGAGCCCUGCGUCAGGCUCUGUGCUGACAGCUCAGCCUGGAGCCUGCCUCAGAUUCUGUCUGUCUGUCUCUCUCUCUCUCUCUCUGCCCCUCCCUCACUCACAGUCUGUCUCUCUCUCCUUCAAAAAUAAACAUUAAAAAAAUUUUUUAAAGAUUAGGAAGAAUGCAGAAAAGCAAGAGUGGGGGAUGAAUUUUGACAAGUUGCAUUGCUUGGGGAUAAGAAGCAGUUUGGCCACACUGCCCCCUGUUGCUUUGCUUUGGAAGGAGGCCUGAGGUGUCCUAUCUACUGGCUAACAGACACUUCGAGGCAGUUUUGCUCAGUGUGGCUACUGAGCUUUUGAAAUGUGGCUAGUGUGACCAAGAAACUGAAUUUUUACUUUUUACCAUUUUAUUCUUUUUUAAAAUUUAUUAUUAUUUAAAAACAAUUUUUUUUAGUGUUUAUUUUUGAGACAGAGACCCAGCGUGAGUGGGGGAGGGGCAGAGAGAGGGGGAGAGUAGAAUCUGAAGUAGGCCCCAGGCUCCCAGUUAUCAGCUCCAAGCCCGACGUGGAGCGCGAACCUGCCAGAUUAUGACCUGAGCCGAACUCAGAAGCCCAGCUGACUGAGUCACCCAGGUGCCCCACUUUAACCAUUUUGGAUGUAAAUAGCCACAUCUGGCAAGUAGCCACCAUCUCGGACAAGACAGGUCUAAGACGCAAGAUCCUUCCCAAGGCCAGGACUUGGGAAUUUCAAGUGACGUUUGAAUAAAUUUCACCAGUCUAUAUGUUUAGCUCUUGGAUCCAGGGGUCUGAGCUGCCUGGGCUGCAAGCUGCUCUUUGCCGGCCUUACUUUUCCAGUGGUGGAUGAAUUAAAUCUGUCUGGGUCAAAUGUAAAGCUGUGGCCUGGAUCCCACACCUGGGGCACUUACAUGCCAAGCACUAAGGGACAUUGGGUUUGCCUAUCACAGAUGAACAAAUCCAGGAGAUGAAAUCAAACCUGGACAACAUCGACUUCAAGAUGGCAGCUGAGGAAGAGAAACAGUUACGACAUGAUGUGAUGGCUCACGUGCACACGUUUGGCCACUGCUGCCCAAAAGCUGCUGCUAUAAUUCACCUUGGAGCCACCUCCUGCUAUGUUGGAGAUAAUACAGACCUGAUUAUUCUCAGAAAUGCAUUUGACCUGCUUUUGCCAAAGCUUGCCAGAGUGAUCUCUCGGCUUGCUGACUUUGCUAAGGAACGAGCCAGCCUUCCUACCUUAGGUUUCACACAUUUCCAGCCUGCUCAGUUGACCACAGUUGGGAAACGUUGCUGUCUCUGGAUUCAGGAUCUUUGCAUGGACCUCCAGAAUUUGAAGCGUGUCCAAGAUGACCUGCGCUUCCGGGGAGUGAAAGGCACCACAGGCACUCAGGCCAGCUUCCUGCAGCUCUUCGAGGGAGAUGACCAGAAGGUAGAGCAGCUUGACAAGAUAGUGACAGAAAAGGCAGGAUUUAAAAGGGCUUUCAUCAUCACAGGGCAGACCUAUACACGAAAAGUGGAUAUUGAGGUGCUGUCUGUGCUGGCUAGCUUGGGGGCAUCCGUGCACAAGAUUUGUACCGACAUACGACUCCUGGCAAACCUCAAGGAGAUGGAGGAACCCUUUGAAAAACAGCAGAUUGGCUCAAGUGCGAUGCCAUACAAGCGGAACCCUAUGCGCUCCGAGCGCUGCUGUAGCCUUGCCCGUCACCUCAUGACCCUCAUCGUCGACCCGCUGCAGACGGCAUCUGUGCAGUGGUUCGAGCGCACGCUGGAUGAUAGUGCCAAUCGACGUAUCUGUUUGGCCGAGGCAUUUCUCACCGCAGAUACUAUAUUGAAUACGCUGCAGAACAUUUCUGAAGGAUUGGUGGUGUACCCCAAAGUAAUUGAACGGCGCAUUCGGCAAGAGCUGCCUUUCAUGGCCACAGAGAACAUCAUCAUGGCCAUGGUGAAAGCUGGGGGUAACCGCCAGGAUUGCCAUGAGAAAAUUAGAGUGCUUUCCCAGCAGGCAGCUGCCGUGGUCAAACAGGAGGGAGGUGACAAUGACCUCAUAGAGCGAAUCCAGGCUGAUGCCUACUUUAGUCCCAUUCAUUCCCAGUUGGACCGUCUGCUGGAUCCUUCUUCUUUUACAGGUCGUGCAUCUCAACAGGUGCAGAGAUUCUUGGAAGAGGAAGUAUAUCCCCUGCUGAAACCAUAUGAAAGUGUAAUGAAGGUGAAAGCAGAACUAUGUCUGUAGCGUUGGAAAAGAAUUAAACAAGAAGUCGUUGGCUUUGUUAACUUUUAUUGCCAAGUCAUGGAAGCCAUUAGUUUAGUGCCUUAUUUUACCUUAGGACGUUUUACCUGAAAUUGAUACAGCACUUUCUUGUUGGUGUGGCGCUUUCACAUUUCUCAGCGUUUACGAUGCAGGAAUAAAUUACGUUGAAUUGGACUCUGUUUUCUACAGCAACACAACCUGUAGUUGUUCAUGGUUCUUUCAGGCACAUCAUCUAACUAGUCUAAGUUGUUUUACAUGCUCACGUGAUUGUGAGGGAGUCAGCAAAUUCCUGUUCCACUCUUCUGAAGGUAAAUUUCAUCUGUGUCUAGCAAAAUAACCUGGACUGUGAUUCACCAUGGACUCUGAUUCAGUAUGGUUAGAUACUUUUGGCAUCCAGCUUGGUUUGGCCAGAAUAAGUAAUGAAAUCUGGAGUUCUGGGACAUUCUCAAGCUUACUCUGCUCAAGUUGUAUUUGAGCUCAUGAUAAGGUUUAUAUAUCAGGGAAAUGCUAAUUGGGUCUAUUGAUUUCAUCAGGACAUUUGACAAUCUUUAAUCCUGGUUACACAGUUUGAUAGGUGAUUGAACCAGCCUUAGCCAAAAAACGGAGCGUUAGGACUGUCCCCCCACCUGGAAGGAGAGCACUGGUAUUAGUCCACAGGCCUCUAUCCUUAGCCCUGUCUCAUUCUACACAUUGAGUGUAGAUGAAAAUGAAGAAAGUGUAUUUAUCAGAUUUUCAAACAACACAAAACCAGGACAGUUAAUCAAUACAUGCAUUUGGUAAGAUAACUAAGAUUUUAUCCAACCUGAAUAGACUGAAAUGAUAUGGUGAAAACUAAGAAGAAAAAACUAAGAUACAUGUAAGUUAAGCUUAAACUCAGUAUGAACCAGAAGUGGUUGCCAGUGAGAUCAUUUAGGAUGUGUUAGUAGUAGUACAGUGUCCAGAAAAGCCACUGUAGUCUUACGGUUCCACCACGUGGCAUUAUGUUCAAUUGUGGAAACCCAGUCUGAGGAACAGAGAGAAACUUGAGAGCCAACCUCCAAAGAAGACUUUGAGGGUGAAGGAAUGUCUGAGCACUCAAUCCUGUGGGAGAAAGUUUGUCAGUGCUUCAAAUACCCCUGUGAGGAGGAAGAGUGACUUAGGUAUUUGUUGCCCCAAGAGACACCAUUGAAACACAUAGGCAUUGUUGAGAGUUUGAGGCCAGUUUGGGCCCAGGAUUGAAGCGACUGUGAGUGAGUGAUUCUCACCCCGCCCCUUAAGCUCAGUCAGAAGCCAGACUUCCUAGUUGUCAGGAACCGGAAUGUUGCAAGAGAAAAGAGGCUGAGUCGGCUCUGACCAUGUACAAUCAAAGGUAGUCGGGAGUAAAGAGCCCAACCUGUUGGAGAAUAGGAGACAAUCCUUGAAACCAAAUUCUAAAUACAGUUCAAUGUAGCAAGCAGUCUUGGAAAGCGUGGAACCAUAGGACAUCUCAAUUCUUGUAGAAAGUUUAUUAUUCCUCCUGUGUGAAUCUUGGGAUGUUUGAAACUGCUAGGUCUGGUAAAAGGAGUUAACUCAUUGGGCUCUGAUCAGGCAUUCUAUCUACUUCCUUCUCUAGUAUGGACCACCAAAGAGAAAGCAGCUCCUAUCAAUGUAUCUGUAGUCUGAGAACUUAUUUAUGUUAUACACCAGACAUACUGGGGAUACUGGAUACCAUGAAUUUUUUUUUUUUUAUUAAAAUUUUUUUAAUGUUUAUUUUGAGGGAGAGAGAGACUGUGUGAGCAGGGAAGGGGCAGGGAGAGAGGGAGGCACAGAAUCUGAAGCAGGUUCUAGGCUCUGAGCUGACAGCAUGGAGCCUGUGUGAGAUUCUCUCCUACCCUCUGCCCCUCCCCUCCACCUCAAAAAUAAAUAAACAUUUAAAAAUAAAUACAUUUCCUCCUGAAAAAUAAAUGGCGGUCUUGUGAUGACAGA